AGAGACGGUCGGAACAAGCAGCGACUGACCCAGAGAGGCUGAUCGGUUUGUUAAAGUGAGAAGAAGAGGAAAUGAAAAGUUCAUUGGCUUAGCUCAAAUGUGUGAAGGAGUGGCGGUUGGCCAUUGGCAGCAUGCCUGGCAGUCUGGGAAAGCAAAAUUUGCAUCACCACAACCACACACUCACUCACUCCGAUUCCAUGACGACUUUCUCGGACUGUCUGUAGAGUAAACAAUACAAGUUGACAAGGAGUCAAAUUUUUUUACUUUGUGCAGCAAAUUGAGCGAUUUAAGGUUGUCGAAAGAGAAACUAAAGCGAAAGCCUAUUAAAAAAGGACUUGGGGCGGCUCAAAAACUAGACCCCACGACGAGGGAGCGAGAAGACCUGAACAGUUGGUUAAUUUCAGCUAUUGACUCGAUGCAAAUUCAAAUUGAUUCCUUCGAGUGCGAAAUCGAGUCCAUUUUAGCUGCAGGGAAAAAGCGCUUGGAUAAAGAUAAGCAAGACCGACUCGACGAAUUAAAAACCUUCCUCGAACGACACAGGUUUCAUAUAACAAAAUUGGAAACUCUGAUGAGAAUGCUUGACAAUCUAGCAGAGGAUGUAAAUGCGCUUAGAACAUUUUUAAGUCAAGUCAAAAACAUCAAAGAUGACAUCGAGUACUUAGAGUCCAGUCAAGAAGCUGGAUUUGAAGGGAAUGAAUUUAUUUAUGAUGAUAUUGACGGUCUCGAUGGUUUUGACGAUUUCUCGUCGGCAAACCAGUCGGCGGUGGUACGGGAGAAGAAGGAGCAGAGGAAGAGUUGCCAAUAUCAAUUACAACAACUUCUGGGAACAACUCACCAAUUUCCCCCGUUCAUUCCAGUGAUGCUUCAGAUCCUGAAAAGAGGAGAAAAUCUUCAGACGACGUCUCCGUCAAAGUCGUCAGGCCUGUUGAGGUGAAAGCGGUGGUUCAGUCGAAUCAUAGUCCAAGUCCUGUAGGUGUAGAAGGAGGAAAGGCUGUCGGAGCGGUAGGAACACCCCCCAAUGGUGUCGGUACUCCGAAUAAUUCGUCUCCCAGCUCAUGGUUGUCAAAUCACGUCUCCUCGCUCUCGUCUCUGUCUUCGUCCCCCACUCACAACUACCACAAUGCUCUCAAUAACUCUAAAUCCAUAGGUAACGGUGAUGGCCACCCUGAUCUAACGGUGCACAAGGACGGCUCUUCGACCACGGGUGGUUUAUGUUUUCGGGGUUUGUCCAAAUUUUCAGUCAUGGAUUCCAGCAUAAUUAGAGGGCCCUUGGGUGGUAUGUCAACAGUAAACGGGAUACUUGAAAACGGGAAUGGGAGUCCGAUUGAUGAGGAUCAUUCAAGCCCACAUAUUCAGUUAUUAACAUCAUGCAGUACACCAAUUACUGGAUCCAGCCUAACCAUGGAAAAUGGGCUUAUCCCCUCUUCCCCUCCACAAGAAACGACGUGUAGUAAUAACAACAACAUCUUGUUAAUGUCAUCCUCCUCCUCGACUGAGACAAGCGGUGUGAAUGAGCACCCCUCCUCCCACUCGCACUCGUCCCAACAAUUACAACUCCAACAGCAACACAAACUCUUUGGAGACUCCUCAUCAUUAUUGUCAUCGACGAUAGAAUUACUUUCAAACUCAUCAUCUCUUCAGCAACCUUCUUCCUACAUUCAGCAAGCUCUUAAUGGACUUGGCUCCGUUACUGGGGCGGCGAGUAAUUUAUCUGGAGGAUUUGCGUCAAACCUGGGUGUUAGUAGUACUUCUCUGAUUAGCAGCAUUAACAAUAGUAGUGGUAGUAACUCUUGUAGUGUUAUGGGUGACACUUCUAAUGUGAUCGGACUACUUAACAUAAUUGGUCUGAGUAGUGGUGGUAUUCAACUGAUCAGUUCCACUGAGGAUCACAUAAGAACGGAAGUUGAAUUCCAAAUGAUGGAAGCUGCCCAUCAACACCUUCCAGUUUCUGCUGAUAGUGAACGCCAGUUUAUACCCAGAAAUCCGUACCCAACGCCACUCUAUUAUCCACAACAUCCAUUAUCAAAUUCUGAUACCUUUGAAUUUUUCAACCAGCUAUCGAUAGAAACGUUGUUUUUCAUCUUUUACUAUCUGGAGGGGACGAAAGCGCAGUACUUGGCCAUACGAGUUUUAAAAAGGCAGAAUUGGAGGUUCCAUACAAAAUAUAUGAUGUGGUUCCAACGCCAUGAGGAACCAAUGGUGGUUACUGAAGAAUAUGAGCAGGGGACAUACGUGUAUUUCGAUAUAGAAAAGUGGGGUCAGAGGAAAAAUGACGGAUUCGUUUAUCGCUAUCUGGAAGAUAGAGAUAUGAGACAAUCGCAGCACACAUCAAGCCGCUAUAGUCUUCAUUCAUGCUGCUGAUCCAUUCUUAAUCAUGUCUUAAUUUAGUUUUAGUUUAUAAAUUAGUUAUAAAUUUUAUAAAUUUACAUUUUCGAUGAUUCCGAUGAUUCCCAAUAAUAAAACAUUCAUGCAAUGUUUAGAAAACUUU